AUGGCCAAAUUUGGGUCACCUGUGGUCGUCAGACGAAAAUUGCAGGUCGAGUUUGGUAAAAAUGCACCAACUGAAGUUUGCAUUAAAGCUACAUUUGAUCGCUUUUGUGCAACUGGUAGCAUAGAAGAUCGAGAACAUCCAGGAACACAAUCCAAAAUUACAGAAGAAAAAAUCGACGAAGUUCGUGAUGUCAUUCAAGAUGAACCACAAUCAAGUGUUCGUGCUGUUGCAACAGCUUGUUCCAUUCCACCGACAACAGCACAUAGAAUAAUGAGAGAAUAUCUUUUAUUAAAACCGUUCAAGAUACAAUUCGUCCAACAACUUUACGAAGAAGAUUUACAAGAUAGAGUUGACAGGUGUAAAACAUUGAUGCCGAUGUUACAAGACAAGACCAUUCAAGAAAAUAUUUUUCUUUUCGAUGAAGCUACUUUUUAUUUACAUGGAUUAGUUAAGAAACACAACGUUAGAUAUUGA